AUGAUGAAUAGCUGACUUGUAGACUUACAAACAGUGAAGAACUCAUGCGUCGCGCAUCGACAUGCAUCGAAUAGCAGCGCUAUUAACGCAACUUGCGGGGAAAACGAAACCUGUCACCGUGAACGCGCUCCUUCGGCUUAAAGUUGAAUUAUUGCUGUUUGUGUUCACAGUAUUAAACGCAGCUGCAUUUACAGAGCCGCUUUUGAACUUAAGUUUGCUGCCAUGCGCGAAAUCCGGCUAUUGCUCCCUGGGGCAAGUGAGGCCCUUCAUUGGAGAUGUCGCGAAUGUGUCAUCAUUGCGUUCAUGCUUGGAGGCUCGCUCGUAUCGGAAGGAAGCAAUCCUCAUAGCAGAGACCCGGCUGGUCACAGCCCUCACCACGGUCCACAACGCUCGCUCGGUGGGCUACGCCCAUAGCAUCCUGCUUGCGAAUGAGGAGGCGUGCACCAGAGCCGUGCACGCGUGGUCCGAGGUGGGCUGCGUCUGGUCCUCUCGCCAGUGGGCCUCUCAGGUCCCACACAUGAAGUACUACCUGGACAGGCUGUCGCUGGUGGCUCGUGUGGCGCGGCUCGGGUUCAACCUACUGAUGGUGGACAGUGAUGUGCUUUUCCUGGAGGACAUCUACACCCACCUCAAGUCGCCGCCGCUGCGGGACCGGCAGCUGAUGGCGCUGAGGGACCCGUACAACGGACUGCUCAACUGCGCCAUCAUAUACAUCCAGAACGCGAGGCCGGACGGCCCGGCGGUUCAGCUGAUGGCGGAGGUGCCCGACCGCAUAGAGCGGUGGGCGGAGGGCGCCGCCGCCCUGAAGGCGCGUGACCGCCUGCCGCACUGCUGGGACCAGAUGGUGGUCAGUGACUCCCUGAUAUCCGCCGUGGCGGGCAGGCCCAUCGCCUUCGGCUGCUGGCAGUAUUGGAACAACCAGUCGCAGAAGGAGGAGUGGAACUCGGCCCACGUGCGCUUCUUCCAUCCCAACCAGACGGGUGGAGGGUUCGGCAUCCAGCACUUCAUGACGAUGAGUCGCGAGCCUUGGCCUGCGGAUUUGGUUCGCUCGGCGCCCGGCUUCCCGCCCACAGCCACGUCAGAGCUGUGGACAGCCACGCUGCGGGUACCGAACUCGCAGGGCACGUGGCCCGAGGGUCUGGGCGGCCACAUCUACCCCGGCCCGCGGGCCGGCAACGCCAGCGGCUGGAUUGAGCUGAUCAAGUCGGAUGGCCAGCCCAUGUGGCCCGACCCGGAGGACCCCGCACAGGCCGCCGCCGCCGCCGCCCUCACGGAGCGCUUCGCCUUCCUGCCCGACUGGCUGGGCGCCUACUGGAUGCAGCGCGCGCCGGCGGGCGGCGCCGCAGGCAACAGCGGCUACUGGAGCGGCCCGCUGCUGGCCACACACGCCGCGGCGGCGGCGCGGGCGGGGGCGCCGCUGCCGGCCGGGGCGCCGCCGCCCGCCUCGCCGUACGCCCUGGUUCACGUGUUCCACCCGCCGGGCGGCGGCCACCUCAAGCAGCUGGGCAAGAUGGCCAUGGGCCAUUUCCCCUGGCACCUCAUGCACCGCUUGCGCCACGACGGCGGCCUAUACCUGGCCAGCACGCAGCACGCGCCCGUGCCCGACGUCCUGGCAUACACCCCCGGCGUGGAGGGCCGCGAGUGGGCCUCGUACGCCGAGUGGAACGAAGCUGCACUGGCGCUGGCGCGGCUUGCGCUGGAGAUGGGGCGCGCGGCGGCGUUCCCGGCGCCGCGCUGCAAUGUGAGCUGGCUGGGCGGCGGCCGCAACAACCGCCUGCCGCUGGACAUCACGGAGUCAGACGACGUGAAGCAGACGUGGAUCAUGCCGUACGGCCGGCCCGGGGAGGGCUUUGGCUCGCUGCGGUGCAUGCUGGGCGGCUACCUUGCCAAGGGCUGCAUGCAUCCGAACUGGUUCUACCCCUCGGGACUGCUGGCUCCCGAGUACGACGACCUGGUUGCGCACGUGCAGCACAACAACCUGGGCGUGGCGGUGGCGGAUGCGAGCCUGCUCGCCAACGCACCCGCGGCGGCUGCGGCGGCGGCGGCCUCCUUGACGUCGGCGACCGCUGGUGGUGAUGGCGCAGCAGCAGCAGCAGCAGCAGGAGCAGCAGCAGCAGGAGGAGGAGGAGGGGGUGCGGCGGUGUGGGAUGUGGAGUCGUUAGCGGCGGCGCUCAUGGCAGCGCAUGGGGGGCUGGGCAGUGGUGGUGGGACUCAGGACGUGGGGGUGAAGCAGGAGCACACGCGCCCGCGGCUGCUGCUGCUGCCGGCGGUGCCGGUGCUGAGUGGCAAGUCCGGGCCGCGAAUGAAGGUGUUCGAAGAUAACUCGAAAUCAGGGGACGUGUGCAACUGGCUACUGGGGAAACCGUUCAUGUGAUGCGUGCAGGAUUGUGCACCAUACCAGACUUGCUGCACAUGGCCGUGACCAAGACUCUAGGAAGGAUUUAUUGCUGUUUGGCUUGGUGCCUGUACGAACUGACCCCGGCUGUGUCCGGGAAAUGAGGUAGACGCUUGCGGCCUCAGACGGGAGACGAGUCGUGGGCACAGCCCACUUUCCCUCGAGAGGCAGAACCACUUGCUGUGCUUCUUGCGUCUUGACCCUAGUCUGUACCAACUGGAGCGCGUUCCCUGCCCACGCUCGGACGUCCGGGCCUCGGAACUCAGCGGGGACGACCGAGCUUACUGAGGUGUGGGCUGCGGGGCACCCGUAGUCAGGACCGCAAGCCCAUACAUGGGUACCGUUCUCCAUAUGCACUAGUCAUUGCCGUAUAUACUUGAUACCAUAUCAACCAUGUAAAAAGCUUCAGGA